AUGCGUUUCAUCUUUACCUACGCCCUUGCUUGCCUUGCUGGCUCAAGCACCCUCGCCGCCGCCGUCCCCGUCGAGGCUACCGAAAUCAAGGUAGACCACCUCCAGCGCCGCGGCCAAAUCCCCGCCAACAUGGACACCACCGCCUGCAAGCAAUACUCUACCUUCAUCGGCGAGUGGAACUACGAGGCCCGCGUCCGAACCAUGGACAACACUGAAGACGUCUGCAACAAGCUCAAGAACGAGGCCGGCAUCACCAUCGGCUGCUCCUGGAGACACUCUGAGGAGUGUCGCGGCGACAUCAACGACCCUCGUGUGGCUCAGUGGAAGUUCAAGGCUGGCACUAACUGUGGCCUUGGAGCUGUCAACGGUAUUAUUCGCCGUGCUACUGGCCAGAAGGGUGAUGAUGCCCAGUGCCUCAUCAGCUUUGACGGCAAGUGGCCCGGCUACGAGUAA